AAUCAACAAUGUGCGUGUUGUUGCAACAUGGCGGAUGUAUGACUUUAUCGUAAAAUUCCUAUCGCCAGUUCGGGAAUCCGAUUCGACACAAAAACUUUACCGCUUACAGCCACAAGAUGGCGGCGCUAUCAGAGCGCGAGCGGUGUCUGGAAAUCGAGCGGGACCUCAACCGCAUCCUGCUCUCGCCCAACAGCCAGUCGUCGUCGACUCCGCUCUCCGACGCCAAGGUCGGCCUCGGCACUCCUUUCACUUUCACGGCGCUCGGCGAAAGCUCCGCUGCGGAAUCGGACCACGCGCCCCGUCAGCGGCGGCAACAGCAGAAGCCGCCGGCACGCCGAGACCGUAAACGGAACCCGCCGCCCGCACGGAGGGAACGACGGGAGAACCAAGAUGCGGGGGGACCGGAGGGUCCGCUGCUCCCGACCCCAAGUUCCGCGGGACCGCAAGCGGAUGUUCCGGCGUCCGCUUCGCCCACGAUGCCGAAGCCAGACCGGAAGCCGCGGCAGGACCACCGAAUCCUCGUGCCGUCGCACCGCACCCUUAACAACAGCGCCAAUGCGGGGAAGGGGACGCAGAGGUUUGCGGGGAACGACGGCGUCCCCAUGAUGCCGGGGGCGCAGGGUCCCCGCCGAGGCCGGGACGUCAUGUUCCUGCAAGACCUGGAAAGGCGUCUGCUGGGGAGACCCGAGGUUCUGCUGGGCGGGUCAGGGGCAUUGUUUGGCAGAAGAAAUCUCAAGAACCCGGACCGCCUUGCUGAGGAGGCAACUGAGAGCAUAUUCCUGAAUACUUUCAAAAGCCACUGUGUGCUGCCUCUAAAGAAGAGGUCCAAGCGGUUUCCGAGGGCCAUCUUCUACUGCCACUUGUGCCACCGGCACUUCGACGACAACUGGUACGUCGAGAAACACCUGGAGCAAGAGCAGCACCAACUCAGGCUGUCGGUGAGCGAGAUGCGGAUGGACGUCAAGAACAUCCCUCAUCCUGUGAAAGUCCAAGUCAAGGCCAUCGACUCCCUGCUUCAAAGUGUGAGCGGAUUCGGGCUGACCAAGGAGAAGGUGGAGCUGAGAAAAGCAUUUGCCGAGAAACUGGAGGCCUCUCUUCGAGAAACCCUGCCCGACAUCAAGCUGACCCUCCAUGGAUCCUCGGUCAACGGUUUCGGCCUGUACGAUAGCGAAGUGAACCUGGACCUGUCCUCGACCGGCAAAACCGAGGUGGCCGAGCUCCUCGUGGAGCUUUCGGACAAGAUCACCCAAGACGAGGACAACUUCUCGUCCCCGGAACGCGAUUUCCUGGCGAAAGUGCCCAGAUUUCGCUUCGUGGACGGUCCGACGGACCUCAAGUGUGAGAUCAGCUUGAACAACUCCAACUCCAUCAAGACCUCGAGACUGUUGGCAGACUACGCCUCUCUGGAUCCCAGGGUGCAGUCGCUCGGCGUCAUUUUCCGCUACUGGGGACACGUGUGCAAGUUGGACAGGCAGGAGAGAGGCACGCUGCCACCCCACGCCUAUCCCAUCAUGGUCAUCUACUUCCUGCAACAGUGCAAGCCUCCGGUUGUUCCUGUCCUGCACGAGCUGACGGGCGGUAGCGACUCGGAGCCCCACCUGUGCUUGAAGGACUCGGAGUGGAAGUGGAAGUCCACAAACAACCGGAGCUUGGGCGACCUCUGGUGCGAGCUGCUCCGCUUCUAUGCAGCAGAGUUCCGACUCGAGAAGCAUGUCGUCUGCAUCCGCCGUCUCAAGCCGGUCCUCAUCUCCGAGAAGAAGUGGAACAAGCGCUACAUUGCCAUCGAAGACCCUUACUCGAGCAAGCGGAACCUGGCCCGCUCCAUCCCAAGUGAAGAGAUGAACCUGUUCCUCAAGCGGGCGCUUCGCGAGUCUGCCAUCUACUUCCACGAGCCACAGGUCACUGGGGCGAUUGACCUGAUCCGUCCAAACGUGUAUGCGCAGCCCCGGUGCACCGACAACUCAGAGUUUGGGUCGGACUCCGAUUCAGACCAGGAAGAGUCCAAGCCCAAGGUGGCCGACAAGGAGCCUGGUGGAACCAAGACCACGGACGACGAGGAAGAAGAGGAGGACGAAGAUGUCGACGACGCCAGUUCGUGUUCCUCGGACGCGGCGCCGGACACGGACGAGCACGAUCCUGAUGUGCCCAUCACGGAUGCCGUCAAAGUCAUCGCCAACAUGACUUUGGACGACGAGGGCAACUCGGAGCACGGGUCCAAGACCCCCUCCGCAAAGCCCCACAAGCGGAAGGAGGCCUCCACGACGGCCGGAGCCUCAGAGUUUGUCCGGCCCGGCCCCCCGAUGACCCAGCAGAACAUCGACAAGUUGUCGAGGCUGUCGAAAGAGGACUUUGACUACCAGUUCACCCUCGAGACCCUCUCAAACGGGCGGGAGCCUCCCAUGAUCUGCACCUUUUGCAUGAAGAAAGGGCAUCUGCAAGAGAACUGUCCAGAUCAGAUCCUGCCGCAACUGGUGGAGCUUCCCCCCAUGACGCGAGGCCACAUCAUGAUCCUCAACGACGUCUGCGUGGAUGUGAUGCGCGAGUGUUUGCCGCGCCCACAUGAAGAGAAGGACCGCAACAUGCUCCUUCACGAGCUGGAGAGCCUGAUCCGAGAGCUGUACUCGGAUGCCAGGCUGACACUCUACGGCUCUUCCUGCAAUGGCUUUGGCUUGGCGAGGAGCGAUCUCGACAUAUGUCUGACCUUCGAUAGCAGCAGGGAUGGCAAGGAACUCUGCCACAGCAAGAUGAUUCCCGAGCUGGCUAAAAAGCUGCGAGCGCACCCAGACCUGGACAGGAUCGUUCCCAUCACCACGGCCAAGGUGCCCAUUGUCAAGUUCUACCACCGGCCCAGCCGGCUGGAGGGCGACAUCAGCCUAUACAACACCCUGGCUCAGCACAACACUAGACUGCUCAAGGUCUACAGCGACAUCGACAAGAGGGUGCGUGUGCUGGGCUACACGCUCAAGCACUUUGCAAAGACGUGCGACAUCGGGGAUGCGUCGCGGGGCAGCCUGUCCUCGUACGCGUACAUCCUGAUGGUGCUGUACUACCUGCAGCAGUGCAAGCCACCCGUGAUCCCAGUCCUGCAAGAGCUCUAUCCCGAAGGGGAGAAGAAGCCAGAACUGAUCAUUGAAGGAUGGAACGCCUGGUUCUUUGAUGACAUCGACCACCUGCAGUCGGUGUGGAGCGAGUUCGGCCAGAACAACGAGUCGGUCGGGGAGCUCUGGCUGGGGCUGCUCCGCUUCUACACGGAGGUGUUCGACUUCCGGGCGGACGUCGUCUGCAUCCGGCAGCGCAAGCGAAUCACCCGCCUCCAGAAGUCCUGGACCUCGCGCUGCAUCGCCAUCGAGGACCCCUUUGAACUGGACCACAACCUUGGCAGCGGCGUCUCCCGGAAGAUGAACGCCUUCAUCAUGAAGGCCUUGAUCAAGGGCAGGGCCCUGUUCGGGACCCCGUUCCGCAAGCCGCCCGCCGCCUACGACAGCUACAUCGGCUACUUCUUUGACCGACGCCAGCUCGUGGACGGGCAGCCCCCCAACGACCGGGGUUGCCGGCUGUGCUCCAAGAUCGGCCACCGGGUCAAGGACUGCCCACGCCGCCGCGGUGCGAACAACAACGGCAGCCAGAACGACCGGGUGCAGGGCGGUGGCUCCCUCUUGGAGAGAUCGAGGGACUUCGCCGCUGGGAGGGGUCGUGCCCCGCAGGACAACUGGCGCCAGCCCCAGGAUGGUGCCUACCAAAGCCGACCCUACCAGAGGCAACCUCCACAGCAGCAGCAGCAACUGCAACAACAGCAGCAGCGGAAGGCACGGCCCUUGCAGUCGCAUCAAGGGCGGAACCGGGGCCCCGAAGAGCCUCAACACAGUGCAACCGUGGAAAGCCACCUGCCAGGAUCGCCUCCCGCGGCUCAGCAACUGCCCUCCCCCGCCGUGGCGCAGGCACAGCUCCAGCGUGCGCUCCAGGACAUGAUGAGAGGGGGGCCCUACCCCCCUCAGUGGGCCCCCACGGGACCCCCCCCUUUCAGGGGGCAAGCCCCGACCAGGCCCCCCCCGUUCCCGCAGGGGGCCAACGGCCAGCCGCCGCCCCACCCGGACGUCCAGGCGCUCAUGUACCGCAUGCGGUACGAGCAGCAGCAGCAACAGCAGGAGGUGGCGCGCAACCAGCACGCCCAGUGGCGUCACCGUCCCCCCGGCCCUCCAAGGCAGCACAUGGAGCCGCACUGGGCCGUGCAGCCCCCUAACCCACCCAUGAACCUGGCUUCCGGCCCAGCAGGACCCGGCCCCGGCCCUUGCCUGCCCCCCAGCCCAAUGCCCAACCCGGCCGUCGACCCGCCGCAGCAGCCGGUAGGCUUCCUGCUGACGAAGAACGCCCCAGGACCGCAGCUGCCCCCGCAGUUCCACUGCGGCCCACCUCCGAGGGCACCCUUCACGGCUGCCGGCCACCCCAUGCCACUGUUUCCGGCCUACGCACCGCAGUGCUUGUCAAACUGGGAAUCGACGGAGCAAGACAAGCCGGCCUCGCGAAAUGAUGUUUGACAGACGCAUCGCCCAGACCCGUCGCCCUUGAAAACCCGUCAACUGAACCCAUCACCCUAGAUCCCGCCAAGAAGACCGCAAGCGAACCGUCGAGUCAAAGAGCUCGUCAAGUGAAACUAUUGCCCAUGAAGCAGAGUUGGCCACAUUUUGCUGGGACUGGCAUGUUUGCCUCCGUCAGUGGCACUGCUUUACAAGCGUCGUUGCAGUGUAACAAAAAUUGUUGUACGGUGCUGCCCUUCACCUCGACCCCGGAGAUGCUUCAUGGUCCCGUCGAACAGCCCGAGGUACGUGGAUGUGGUCGGAAAUCUUGCGGCGACCUCAGGAUGGGUCCUUGCAGGUGCCUGUGGUGAAGAGGGAGGGGCAGUAAAAAAAAUGGCGGUUAUUGCGGACGCUGCUCCAGGUGUUUGGAAACUUGUGGUGUGGGAUGCUGUUGUGUCUGGUGGUGGAGUGCGCACACAGAUAAGUUUACGUUUGGGUGAGGGGGGUUAGUGCAGCUUCAUGCCUCGGGCUUGUUUGAGGGAGGGGUAGCCUUUUUUUGUUUUUAUUUCUGACCAGUUCUGUGCAGGCAGGGUUUUAAGCCCUGCUGACAAAUUUGAGAUCUCCAAGUAAUUCUCACGCUGUGUUUUUAUUCUUAAUCACAGCUGCUUUUCUUAUGGGAAAAGCAGGACCUUCCAAUGACUAUUUUAGAAUGUGACGAUCAUUGAACCAAAUUGUGUAUUCAUGUACAAUUAUUUUUAGGGAAGAUUGUGUUCUGACGAACAACGGCUUCCUGGUGCCGACAAAUUUUUUAAAGCCGCGCGACGUCCGUUUUUUUAUUGAAAAUUGUACGAUAUAUCCACGACAUGUAUAAUUUCACGCGUCAUCCCUUGGCACUUGCAGUGCAAGCAUGAUGUUAAAUUGGUACAAUAUUUGCGAGCUCCUCUUCAUGAUUUGUACAUACGAUGAGGUUGGUCACCAUAGUGGCAUGUCUGAAAGGCAUGUUUCUUCCCCCACCAUAGAGGAGAUUGUAGUGUCAACUGUAAUUAAACAGAUUCAAAAUUUUGC